UUUCUUUUUCUCUUUCUUUCAAAAACAUCAACAAACAGAAAAUGUCAUCGAAUAAAGCUUUUACGUGGCAGAUAGAGGCACACGUACAAGUCGAUGAUCAUCAUGAUACAUCACCGCCGCUUGUUAAAAGAAUGAAUGAUGACCAACAAAAUGCACAAUCAUCGCCUACAAUUAUUGAUGAAAAAGUCAUUACACCAUCAUCCCUUUUAAAGGAUGUCUCAUCACAAACAACUUUAGGCAAGAAAUAUGGAAGAUUUAUGGGGAAAAUUUUACUUAAAAGUCAAUCAUCAAGUCAUACUACUACUAGUAUGAUUAUCAAUAAACAAUCAUCACCUAUUCAAUCCAACCUUACUUCUUCAUAUCCUGGGUACCUUCGUUUGGAACGACACCGGAAAUCUGAAACGAAAGAAGGGGACAACCGUAUUUUUGAAGGUCCGCACUGGCUUAAAAUGAGAGAUUCUUUUCCUGCUCUUUCUUCUUCCCAAACUUUAUUUCACCAAAAGUUUCGCCAACUUGACAAUGGUAAACGAACGCGAUGGGAUGUUAUUCAGUCCAAAAGUCCAAGUAUCGACAAUAUUACUUUUUUCUCUCAACGGCUUUCUCAAGAAAAACCUUCAACACAACCUCAUGUUACAUCAACUUAUUCCUCAAACCCUUUAAUUAAUGAAGACAUUUGUCCUUUCUGCCAUGCUCAAGCUAUGUAUCGUGAAAGUCUGGAAGUGAUUGAAUUAUGUGAAUUCUGCAAGAAAAAAUGGUAUCUUUGGCCAAAAAUAUUUUUUUCUCGUUUACGAGAACAUGCUCAUGGUUUGAACAAACUACAACAAGAGGAACCGCCUUCGCCUGUCAAAUUAAAUUCAUCAGCAUCAACACCAACAAGCCAUUCGCUUAUUGGAAAUCUAUCAAGUAUUACCGAAAAGUCUACACAAAAAAAAAGAACCAGAAAGAAGAAAACAACGACUACGAUACGACGAAGAUCAGCAGCGAAACAACCCCCACCCACACAAUCAAGGAACUCGAAGAAACUAACAACUAUGCGUAAACAAAAAUCUGGUUCCUCUUUUUCAAUGAAAGCAAAUGAACGUACUGCCUAUUACGACAAUAAUGAUACACUUCCUCGUGAUGCCGAUCACAACAAAGCAUCGUGCUUCCCAAUCAUCAAGAAUGACAAAGAUGAAGAGACUAUUGAAGCAAAGACGGCGCGAUUGAAACAAUCAUUUGACGAAAAUGCUAUUGGAUACACUUAUGGACAAAGGGUGGAAGUCUUGAAUAUUAAUGGCCAUUGGUAUACAGCAACAUUGAUCAAGGUUGAAGGAUCAAAAGUCAAGGUCAGCUACAAAGACUGGGAUGAUCAAGACGAAUGGAUUAUUAUGGGCAGCCAACGAUUACGUACAGUGACUAGUGAUGAAGGUGAUGAAGGUGAAGAUGAUGACGAUGACGAUGACGAUGAUGACGAUGAUGGUAGCAACAAGGAUAAUGACAACAAUAAGCAUGAUUCUGGCUCAACCUUGGCUAACAACGAAGACGUCGAUGACGAUGAUGAUAAAUCAUCUACUUUAUCUGAUUACUUGUAUGAAAUCGAAGAUGAAGAACAAACAUCUCAAGACAAUCCUGAAAAACUUUUUACUUCUUCCUGUGAUAUUACCACUAUCUCUGAUCAACAUGAAGACGUCAAGCAAACAUUUCAGGAAAAAAAGGAAGAUCAGCCAUUAGUACUUUUACACCACGAUUCGUCCUCCUCCUCUUCUUCCUUGGACAAUGAUUCCGGUGACACUCCUGCUUGUCAACAAAAUAAUAGCAAGUCCAAAUCUAGUGAAGAUUAUGUGUCAUCCACUCUUGAUACCGACCCUACACAGAUAUUCAACAACAAUGAAGUAUUUAUGACUCGACGAAUGGCGCGACAAAUGGUUGAUGAACAUGGAUUCCGCCCCAAUUCUUUUGGUUAUCAUUAUGGACGUCCUGUAGCAGUGAUUUAUACAACACAACAAGGAACCAACAAGAAGAAAAAACAAAAACAACAAAUGGAAUGGAUUGGUUAUCUUCGACAAAUGCGUGGCAAUCAAGUACGAGUCUGGUUUCCAAGUUCUCAACAAUCCGAUUGGGUGAUUAGUGGAAGUCGUCGUAUACGUCUAAUUUCUGAUCAAGAAGAUGCUGAAUAUCGUGCCUUAGGUUUUGAUGUAACCGGUGAUGAUGGGGAUGUGAAGGAAACAAUACCAGCAAAACCACGUACUAAUCGGCGCCGUCGUGAUAAUGGAACUACAGUGAAAAACCAACAGUCACCACCAUCGCGAUUUCUUGCACCAAAGGAUUCCUCGACAUGUUCCAAUCAAGUUAUGAAUCAAUUUGAACAACCAUCGGCAUCGAUAUCCUCUGACAACAACCAAUGUGAAACAAAUGAACCGCCUUCUUCACCAAUACCUAGUCGUACCGAGACUUCUAUCACUUUAUCCAACCAACGUUCAUCAUCUGAAGCAUCCUCUUUACACAGCAACACUGAUUCCGAGCAACAAAUGGCAACAGCUGGCUCUAAUGACACCAAUACUUUUUUGAUGAAGACUGGCAAUACAUCUUUGAGAAAGACACGAGAUAUUGAAGGACGACAACAAAAGCAACAUCAGCAAGAUCAAAAGGAUACACCCGAAUUUUUGACAACUGGAGCUUUUGCAACUAGACGUGCUAUGAGACAAUUACAAGAUGAACAUGGAUUUGUACCCAACCCGUAUGGUUAUGUCUAUAAUAUGCAAGUGGAAAUAUUGAAUACUAAGUCUUCGAAACAACAUCAAUUCUUCUGGGAACUGGGUCGACUUGUGGCAAUGCGACCAGGCAAAGUAUGUGUACGAUACGAUGGAUGGGGUGAUAUGUACGAUGAAUGGAUGAUGGUAGGCAGCAGACGUAUUCGACCCGUUCAACAAAACCAACAAGCAAUACAAGAUGAUAACAAUCAUACCAUCAGCACUAAUGGUCAAUGUUCCUCAAGCUCCACUUCUUCUGACAAUCCUUUGUUAUUACAUCAACCGACUCCGCUAUCCACUGAGACGGAAAGGCAAAUAAAUGACAACAACAACAGCAUCAACGGCAACUGCGACAAAGCUACAACUUUAAUACAAAACAAAGCAACAUCGACAUCAGACGCAAACUUUUUAUUGAUGAUGGAAACCAAUCCUGAACUAGCAGAUGAAAAAACGAAAACCAGAAAAAGGGUAAUUCUUGGUCCUGAUGAUUAUCAUCGUCUAGGUAUGGUAGUCAGCAUUGAAGAACUUGAACGCAAAGAACUCAAACGACGACGACGCAGUGGUCAGCAGCAAGAACAACAAGAUGUGACAUCUCUUACGGAACCGAUGUCUACCACUCCUUCGACCAAACUCAAUGAUAACAAUGAAGAUGGCGACUACGUAUUGACGACGACGAAAAAAUCACGAAAACCACCGUCGUCUACUUCAAGCAAGAACACUACAACAAUUGCAACGAAAAAGGAACAACAGAUCCGUAGGCGACGAAGACGAAGACGACGGCAACGUCUGGAUCUUUCCGAUGACGACAAUGAUGACUUUGACGAAGCUAAUUUUAAAUUUGGAACAGAAGAGGACGACGAUGAUUGCGGAACGGAUGCUGAUCAACAUGUAGACAAAGAAGAAAAUAAUACAGCAGAAACCAAUGGUGACAACGAUGACAAUCAUCAUGGAUUUGUGGCAAAUGUGUACGGAUAUGACUAUAUGCAACAUGUACAGCUACUUCAUCUAGACAAAAAAUGGUACGAAGGACGUCUUAUUUCUAUGGAUCGAAAUAGACUUCGAGUGCAUUACUGUGGAUGGCCCGAUUUAUUUGAUGAAUAUGUUACUGUUGGCAGCCGGCGUCUUCAAGUAGUAGAAAAUGAUCAUGAAGUGGAAUGUUUAGAACCUGAUUACAUGACUCGAUAUGAAAAUAUGCUCAAGAACAACAAAUAUCAUCAACAUCAAUGUAGAUCGAAAGCAAAUAUUACUGAUAGAACAACAUCUCAUUCUUCGGCAACGUCAACCAGACUUCGGCGACUUACUUUAGCAAAUACUGGCAGUGAUGAUCAACAAGCAGAACUUGACACAGACAACGCAGUGAUUUGUCAUCGUUGCAAUGUGGCCAUCAAACAAUUUAGAUACUAUUGUACUUAUUGUGAAUCAUCAUCUGACCAAGUCUCCUCAACUGACAGCUUUGAUCUUUGUCUACAAUGUUUUGAUCACAAUUUCCCAUUCUGGCACGAACAUCCAAGGUCAAGUUUUGCUGUACAAUCGGUGAUCAAUGCAGCUAUUGGACCCCGUCCUAUCAAAGGUGAACUGGUGACUGUAUGGGAAGAAGAUGUAUUAAUGUGCGAUGAUGAUACAGCUCAGGCUCCUCCCACUUCUCAGGUAACGACAGAAACAACAAACACAUCAUCUUUGGUGGAAUCAUCGACAUUGGAUCAAGUCAUCACCACUGGAACAACAACAAUGCUAUCAUCACCGUCUACACCAAUACCAUCCAUGGAAAUACCAUCAGCAACUACUACAGCAAUGGUGGCGUCCUCUGAUUCUACGACAACUUUGGAAGCAAGCCAGAUUUUCUCUGGUCAAUCAGCAAUUGCAGCAGAUCAAGGAUACAAGUAUUUGAAACGAUGGCAGCGACGGAAGGUAUGCUCUUUUUGCAACGAUGAUGAUGAUACUUCCGAGGAUCUUGGCAAAUUCAUUGGCCCAUUUGUGAUUACAUCCUACAACAAGAAUGGUACGAAGAAGAAACGAUCGUUUUGGGCUCAUGACGCAUGUGCAAGACAUAGUCCUGAAGUAUUUUGUACUCCUGAUGGAAAAUGGUACAAUGUCACUCUUGCUUUACGCCGUGGUCGUGGUGUGCGCUGUUUUGCUUGCAAGGAAAAGGGAGCUACGAUUGGUUGUUUUGAAUCGAAAUGUUCCAAGAGUUUCCAUUUGCCUUGUGCUGAAAAGCCUGUCAAUUAUUUUGAAAAUGGGGUUAUCUUUUGGUGUUCAACUCAUGAAGCUUAUUACAACAAGAUCGAUACCUAUGUCAAUGUCUUUAGUUGUGAUGGAUGUAAUAAGAAACUAGAAGAAGAAUCAUGGUAUACCUGUUUACCUUGUGCUACCAGUUAUUUUUCUACAUUUGAUCUAUGUGCUGACUGUUACGAGAACUUCCCUCAAGAUCACGUCCACAAUGAAAGUCAAUUUGAAGAAACUUCAUUUGAAAUUAUCAAGGAAAUGGAAGCUCAAAAGGCAACCAAAGCAGCUCGUGCCAAAGAAGAAAUUCGUGCAGCUAAUGCAAAAACAAGGAAGAAACCAACGUUUCUCAAACGAAGACGACGACGAGCGGAUGGAUCAGUCUCUAUUACAUGUUGUUACUGUGGAACUCAAGAUGCAGAUGAAUGGAGAAAAGGAUAUGAUGGUGGCGUUUUGAUGUGUGUGUCAUGUUAUGACUUGGCUCUUUUGGUGGACAAUGACGGACGAAAUGAUAUCAACAACAACAAUGAUGAAGAAGACAAUGAAGAAGAUCCAAUGAUACAACAAUCUGAUACGAUGACUUCGUCUAUUGUGGUUGGACCUAUUUCAGCUUCUUCAUUUGAUCCUGCUGCUCAAUCUCACCAGUAUCUCGCAUCCAUUGAUAAUUAUACGCAUAAACCAUAUUUGACACGUGAUGCAUUAUCAGCAAACAAAUUCAGUGAUUCUCUGACAGGCAUUCGAUUGACAACCUACGAACCACAACCAAGUCAAAUAUUCUCGUUGAUCUUUGAUUCCACUUAUUAUGAUAUUCCUGGUCGCGCUCCUCGAUGGGCUUCUCAUUCUGGCACUGAUUACCAUGGGACUUGGUUACCUCAAACUGUCCGAAGAUCUAUUUUGAAAUACACUAAUAAGGGUGAACGGGUUUUAUCCAACUUUCUGGGUCGUGGUACUGACGCUAUUGAAUGUUUUUUAUUGCAAAGAAGAUGUGUGGGCAUUGAUAUCAACCCGGCGGCUGUUGCUUUAUCUCAACGAAACUGCUGUUUUGAACUCCCAAUAGGUUUGACUGAAGCGAAAUAUCGACCUAUUGUUGCGCAAUCAGAUGCAAGAAAUCUCUCUGGUUCUUUAUUCGGCAAUGAAUCAUUCCAUCAUAUCUUGUCUCAUCCCCCUUACAAAGAUUGCGUGGCCUAUUCAACCCAUUUGGAAGGUGAUUUAUCUAGAUUCAACAAUAUUGAAGACUUUAUGGUUGAAUAUGAAAAUGUGGUCAAACAAAGUUGGAGGGUAUUAAAGAUGGGUAGAAGAUUGACACUAGGUAUUGGUGAUAAUCGUGAACACUGCUUCUACAUUCCAGUGUCAUUCAACUUAAUGAGGCAAUAUAUUGAUGAAGGCUUCGAAAUGGAAGAACUCAUUGUGAAACGACAACGCUAUUGUUCUGCUUUUGGACUUGGAACUUAUCUCUGUGUACAAUUCGAUUUCUUGGUGUUUACUCAUGAAUUUCUGGCAACCUUCCGGAAAGUGCCUAAGGACAAAAUUGACAGAAUGAUGGGACGAGAUUAUGAUACUUUAUCAGGAGACAAUGUUCGCCUCAGUUAUGUUACUCAUGGGGUACCUGCAUCUGCCAUUUCAAGGAAAAGUGUUGUUAUGGGAACGGUUUGGGUAUUUAAACCUACGGAAAAAUAUAGCUUUGCCGAUCUUUGUAUGUCUCGUAUGGUUGAACGCUUUGGAAAGGAUGAUUGUAAUUGGCAACAUGUACAAUUAGAAUUCAUGGGUUCUGAGGGAGAUGAAAGUAACAAGACUAGUUCCUCUUUGGUAGAAUUGACUGAUGAAGAUGAAUGGAAAAAACAACAAGAACAAGAUGCAGGAAUUUCAAGUUAUGAACAAGAAAGAUUGAAAAGGAUUGAAGAAAACAAUCGUAUUUUACUGAAAUUGGGGUUGGUAUCGGAGCUUGGGGAUGAAGAAUCUGAAGAUAUGGUACAUUAUGAUACGAUGAUGAACAAACCCAGUGGAGAGGAUGCAAUAUUAUGUCUCAUCAUAAUGGAACAUCAACAGAUCAAGGUACAUCAAUUGGAUUUAUAUCGACAAACAGUGGUACAUACUGCCUUGGAAGCUAGCAAACAAUUGAGUCCCUUGGGUAUGUUAAUUAUUGGUACACAAGACAUUCGUGAUCCUCAAACGGGAAAAUUAUGGCCAGUAUCUUUAUUGGUGUUGGAGGAUAUAGAACGAUCUGUGGAUAGAUCGAUAAUGAAACUCAAGGAAAUGGUUGUUACUGUGCCUGAUGGAUAUUCAAGAGAUCGGAAACAGCCAAUGGCAGAUGCUAUGACUCAGUAUCAACAACAAACAUGGUAUGAUAACACGAGUAAUAUGGAUGAAUCUCAAGAUACAAUUGUGGUAGUGGAUGACACUGAUGAUGAUGAUGGAAGGAUAAAAGAACAUUUACCUAUUGUCCAUGCUAUUUAUUUAGUAUUCCAACGUAUUUAGUCUAGUUUUUUUUUUUCUUGAAAGAAAAAUAAAAGUUGAUAUCUUUAUUUUGGUUUA